AUGCAUUUUUCAAAGAAGGCUCUGGCAGCCCUUAUUGGGUCUGUGACUAGUGCAAAUUGUGCGAUCUUAUGGGAUGGUCGAUUCGAUUCUUCAACUAUGGCGGAUUUGGAGGCUUGGUCGUGGAGCAAUGCCGUUGGUGAUUAUCAAAAUUAUAUUCACGGCACAAGUAACUUCACCAAUUAUAUUACCCUCGGAAGCUCUUUCAAGAACCCAGCAGAUUCUGGAUCAUCCCUCGGUGCCAAGAUAACCCUUGACAGUACCUCAUACUGGCAAGGUCAAAACAUGCGUCGUACUGAAUUGAUUCCACAAACUAAGGCAGCUAUUGCAAGUGGAAAGGUCUACUAUCAUUUCAGUAUGAUGCAUAUGGAAGCCAAUGCACCAAGCAUCUAUAGAGAACAUCAAAUUUGUUUCUUCGAAAGUCAUUUUACUGAGAUGAAGAGUGGCUGGAUUAGUGGGGAGUCGGGUUCAAGUGAUCCGCUUUUGAGAUGGGAUGUUAGUGGCAAUAGUAAAUGGAGUACUAAUUGGACUUCUGGUGUUUGGCACAAUGUUGCUUACGGAAUUGAUUUCUCCGCAGGUUCUGUUGAAUUUUACCACUCCACUGGAUCCGAUCCUCUCACUCUUACCGUUCCAGCAGUUUCCGUAUCUGCCUCCUCCAAUGGUGCAGAUUGGCACUUGGGUGUCCUCGAACUUCCCGUUAGUGGUCAAGCCGACGGAACCGAAGAUUUCUAUUUCUCCGGUGUAUACAUUGAAAGUGGAUCACUAACCACUAGUGUUGCUGGACCUGGCGGAGCCGUUGUCUCUAGUUCUUCUUCUGCAAGCACGUUAGUAGAAUCUUCUUCUAUUGCUUUAUCUAGCUCAGUACCUGGUGUGGAAGCUUCCAGUGCGGUAGCCUCUAGUGAAACAUCAGUUCAAGCUAUUUCUACUCAAGUUUCAAUUUCUUCUUCUACUGUCCUUUCAGUUACUCAAUCAUCAUCUGUUGCUAUUCCGGCCCAACAAUCAUCAUCAGUAAUUGCUUCGCCCUCAACCACAACCAAAAAGCCCUGCACGAAAAAGGUAUCACCUGGAACCACCACCACCAACAUACCUCAAGUUUCCAGUCCUUCUAGCGCUUCAAUAAUCGAAUUUACAUCAACCAAAGCCAUCACCUCCAUCGAAAUAAUCCCAACAACAAUCUACAUAACCGCGGGCGGUUCAACCAUCCUCUCCACCUCCUCCGUCUCCAAAACCUACACCUCCCAAUCAGCAAUCAUAACGCAUUCCUCUAUCCUCCCCAUCGCCAUCCCAUCUACUUUUCUCACAUCCAAAAAACCCUGCACGAAGAAACCUUCUCCUUCUUCUUCUUCUUCUCUCUCCGGAAAUUUAAAUAUAGCUUCUACAUUAUCAUCAUCAUCAGGAAUUCUAACACCUUCACCCUCUAGUAUUCCCCAUACUACGCUCACGACGACGAUAACUCAGACGUCUUCUACGACGGUGUCUUCUAGUGCGUCUGCUACUAGUACUGCCGGGAGUGGAAGUGCGGGGACAAUUGCAAAGUAUGCGCAAUGUGUUCAGAAUGUGGAGGUGUGA